AUGGUCGGUACCGGUUCUCAUACUCCUUAUGAUUAUUCAAAUUCUCCAUCUGAUGUAAAUACCCAACCCGUAGCACAAUUAAACUCCACACUGGUGGAGGAUGAUGAUGUAGAUAAUCAGCUAUUUGAAGAAACCCAAGUCGCUGAGACUGGAUUCCGUUCUGUAUCAGCUUCAGAUAACUCAUGUGCCUAUUGUGGCAUAGAUUCUGCAAAAUGUGUCGUCAAGUGUAAUUCAUGUAAGAAAUGGUUCUGUAACACUAAAAAUGGUACAAGUAGUUCCCACAUUAUCAAUCACUUGGUUUUAUCCCACCAUAACGUGGUUUCUUUGCACCCAGAUUCUGACUUAGGAGACACUAUAUUGGAAUGUUAUAACUGUGGACGUAAGAAUGUGUUUUUACUAGGUUUUGUUUCUGCUAAAAGUGAGGCUGUGGUUGUUUUACUUUGCAGAAUACCUUGUGCCCAGACAAAAAAUGCAAACUGGGACACUGAUCAAUGGCAACCUUUAAUUGAAGAUAGGCAGCUUUUAUCAUGGGUCGCAGAACAACCCACUGAAGAAGAAAAAUUAAAGGCUCGCUUAAUCACUCCCAGCCAAAUUUCCAAGUUGGAGGCCAAAUGGAGGUCUAAUAAAGAUGCCACAAUUAAUGAUAUCGACGCUCCAGAGGAACAAGAAGCAAUUCCACCUUUGUUAUUGAGAUACCAAGACGCCUAUGAAUACCAAAGAUCAUACGGACCUUUGAUCAAAUUGGAGGCAGAUUACGAUAAACAACUCAAGGAGUCCCAAGCUUUGGAACAUAUUUCUGUUUCGUGGUCUCUAGCCCUGAAUAAUAGACAUUUAGCAUCAUUCACUUUAUCCACUUUCGAAUCAAAUGAACUAAAAGUCGCCAUUGGUGAUGAAAUGAUACUAUGGUACUCUGGUAUGCAACAUCCUGACUGGGAAGGUCGUGGUUAUAUUGUUCGUCUGCCAAAUAGCUUUCAGGAUACAUUCACAUUAGAGUUAAAACCAAAUAAAACUUCACCACCGACGCAUUUGACCACCGGUUUCACUGCUGAAUUUAUCUGGAAAGGUACUUCUUAUGAUAGAAUGCAAGAUGCAUUAAAAAAAUUUGCCAUUGAUAAAAAAUCCAUUUCUGGUUUCUUGUACUAUAAAAUUCUAGGUCAUCAAGUGGUCGACAUUUCCUUCGAUGUUCCAUUGCCUAAGGAAUUUUCCAUUCCAAAUUUUGCUCAAUUAAACUCAUCUCAAUCCAACGCCGUCAGCCAUGUAUUGCAACGUCCUUUAUCUUUAAUUCAAGGCCCACCAGGUACGGGUAAAACAGUCACUUCUGCAACGAUAGUGUACCAUCUCUCCAAAAUCCAUAAGGAUAGAAUAUUGGUGUGUGCCCCAUCCAAUGUUGCUGUAGACCAUUUGGCUGCCAAAUUACGUGACUUGGGUUUGAAAGUCGUCAGGCUUACUGCAAAGAGCAGAGAGGACGUUGAAAGUUCAGUAUCCAACUUAGCUUUGCAUAAUUUGGUUGGACGUGGUGCUAAAGGUGAACUCAAAAACCUAUUAAAGCUGAAGGACGAAGUUGGUGAAUUGUCGGCCUCUGACACGAAACGAUUUGUCAAGUUAGUGAGGAAAACGGAAGCGGAAAUCCUGAAUAAGGCUGAUGUUGUAUGUUGCACAUGUGUUGGUGCUGGUGACAAGCGCUUAGACACCAAAUUUAGGACCGUAUUAAUCGAUGAAAGUACCCAAGCUUCUGAGCCAGAAUGUUUAAUUCCAAUCGUCAAAGGUGCUAAACAAGUUAUUCUAGUUGGUGAUCACCAACAAUUAGGCCCGGUUAUACUAGAACGUAAGGCGGCAGACGCCGGUUUGAAACAGUCCCUCUUCGAGAGACUAAUUUCUCUAGGUCACGUACCAAUUCGCUUAGAAGUUCAAUACCGUAUGAACCCUUAUUUGAGCGAAUUUCCCAGUAACAUGUUUUACGAAGGCAGUCUACAAAAUGGUGUGACGAUCGAGCAGCGAACUGUUCCGAAUAGCAAAUUCCCAUGGCCUAUUCGCGGUAUACCAAUGAUGUUUUGGGCUAACUACGGUAGAGAAGAAAUUUCUGCUAACGGCACUUCCUUUUUGAACAGAAUUGAAGCAAUGAACUGUGAAAGAAUCAUCACCAAACUUUUUAGAGAUGGUGUUAAGCCCGAACAAAUUGGUGUUAUCACGCCGUAUGAGGGACAAAGAGCUUAUAUUUUGCAGUAUAUGCAAAUGAAUGGUUCAUUAGAUAAAGAAUUGUACAUCAAAGUGGAAGUCGCUUCUGUUGAUGCCUUCCAAGGCCGUGAAAAGGAUUACAUCAUUUUAUCGUGCGUUCGUGCCAACGAACAGCAGGCUAUCGGUUUCCUACGUGAUCCCCGUCGUCUAAACGUGGGUCUUACUCGUGCUAAAUAUGGUUUAGUAAUUCUUGGUAACCCUAGAUCCCUAGCAAGAAAUACGCUAUGGAACCAUUUAUUAAUACACUUCAGGGAAAAGGGUUGUUUAGUCGAAGGUACACUCGAUAACUUACAGUUAUGCACUGUUCAAUUGGUUCGCCCUCAACCAAGAAAACCUGAACAGCAAGCAAACCCUCAGUUCAAUGUGGAAUCCGAAAUGGGUGACUUUCCAAAGUUCCAGGAUUUUGAUACGCAGAGUAUGAUGUCAUUCAGUGGACAGAUGGGUAACUUUAGUAAUGCAUUCGUCGAUAACACAGAGCUUUCCUCUUAUAUUAAUAAUGAAUAUUGGAAUUUUGAAAAUUUCAAAAGUGCUUUUUCUCAAAAGCAAAAUCACAAUGAUAUAGAAGACAGGAAUUUGUACCAGGAAGAAGGCUCUCACUUGGAUUCUAACUUUGCGAGAGAACUACAAAGAGAAGAGCAAAAGCAUGAGUUAUCAAAAGACUUCAGCAAUUUAGGAAUAUAA